AUGAAUAUAUUUAAUCCAUUAACAUACGUUGCAGAAGAAGAUAAAUUACAUGAACGAACUAAAUAUAGUCAAAUGAAUAAACAUCUUCUACUAGCUGAAUUUCAGCAACAACCAGUAUCAACGCGUGUAAGAAAAUUUGUUAUGAAUCGAUUUACAGAUAAAUUAACACCAAUAACUGAUCGUAUAUUUUGUCUUCGAUCUAGUAAUGCAGCGGAUACACAAACUAUUGCACAAUUGGUAAUAUAUCAACUUG